UCAUAAGUGCACAGUCACAUUGGCCAAUGUAAAAACCCAUAAGAAAAAAAGUCGGUUCGAAACGUAAAAAAACUGAGUGCAGUGGAAAAAGGCUAUUGUUCAAUAAAAGAAAGAGAGCGUAAAAAUUAAAUUCUAAAUUAAAAGUGACAUAAUCGAAAUAGCACAGAGAUAAGAGAGGGAAACACUGAACACAAUUAUGGAGAUAAGCUAUGCUGAUAUAACUUGUUUGGAGAUGAUUGAUGGUGGUGCCUUUGGUGAUGUGUUCAAGGCAAUUUGGAAUUCUAAAGGGUUAAAAAUUGCUGUGAAAAAAAUAAAAAUCCCUUCAGAAGAAGAAGAAAUGAAAGUCCAAAGAGAAAUCCAAAAUCUGAAAGCUUUGGAACAUACAAAUAUUGUCAAAUUAUACGGCUUUUCUAAAGAUCCUGAAAAUAAAAUAUGUAUAGUUUUGGAGUAUGCAGAAUGUGGAUCGCUGUAUAAGUAUUUGCAUCAAACUCAAUACCACAUUCCCAAUGACCUUAAGAUAGAUUGGAUGCUUCAAUGCGCCGAGGGAAUGGAUUAUUUGCAUGGAAAAAACACAUUCCAUAGGGAUCUUAAAACAAAAAACCUGUUGCUUUUCGACCAAUAUCGUAGAUUGAAAAUAUGUGACUUUGGCACUGUGAAACAAAUCACAACAACUAAUACAGACUCGAUUGGAACAGCUGGUUAUAUGGCACCUGAAGUUGGCGAAUCGAGGAGAUAUACGGAAAAGUGCGAUGUUUAUAGCUUUGGUAUUGUUUUCUGGGAAGUACUGGCGCAAAAGAAACCCUUUGAACAUUAUGAGAGCCGUCCUAGACUGGUCCUAAUGAAUAUGGUUUCUAAAGGUGUACGUCCGGAUAUGAGCGAUAUAGAGGAACAUGAGGACACGGACAACUUAAAACCAAUAAUUAAAAUGUGCUGGGAACCUCAGCCUGAGAGACGUCUGACUAUGAAGAGAGUGGUUUAUCUUAUAAACAAUCACAAAAAAAACAUGUUAUAUCGUGUAUAAACAGAGUCUAUAUAG